UUAUUUAUUUUUUUAAUUUAUUUUUUUUAAACGGCUUAAUAAAUAUGUUUUCAUUUGGCUGUGAUACAUUUUUGCUAAACCCAAAGUUUUUUAUGCACAGAAUGUACAUUUCUGAGUGCUAAGACCCACAAACCACAAAGUGACAGCAUUGGACACAGAGGAUGUGCUAUCUAACUGGUGUUAUCUAAGGGCUGUUCAGAUAGAACGCGUUGUGCUUAAAAAGCUAGACGCCGCAACAAAUAGAACACGCAUGUGUUGCAGGAGAACACGCUUUUUAAGGUGCAAUCUUUUUUUUUUUUUUUUUUUUUUCUUGGACUUACAGUGACAUCAAGUGGUGUACAUUGAGCAUCAUUAAAAAUAAAAAGUUUUCAGUUACAGAUGCCAUUGUAGAAAUGCACUAUUCACAUUCAGCCAUGAUUCAUUUUAUCCAUGAGUGAAAGUGUAUAAUAACAGGGCAGUUACAGAGAUUAAGCCAGUAGUAUUCGGUUGGUCAUGUGAGCUUAACAUGGCAGCCCCUAUGAGGGGACCCUCUCCAUCUGUUGAAUAAAACAGCUUUUAUAAGGUUACUGAAAAGAGUCCUCAUCUUAUGUGAGUGCUCAUGCUUUUAUACAAAAUUACAAUUGCUUUAGGAGUAAAACUUUUGAAAUGAGGAAAAAAAUUACUGAGUGAACCUUUAAAAGUUGACUUUUUUUCUUUUGUCCUGACAUGGCAUGUAAAAAUGCUGCGCUUCUGCUCAAGAUGCAGAUUAAACAAACAAACAAACAAGGAAACAAGAAAUCUUUAUACAGGAAAACAAUGGAAAAGAGCAUGACAAAAAAAAAAAAAAAACAAUACAUCAUUGAUAAUGUGAAGCAGCUUUUAAAUAUUACCCACAGACAUCUUAUUUAUAAUAAUUAAAUAAUAGAUAAUGUAAGCAAUUAAUUGAACUGCAAUCACACCAGAUGAGAUGUCAUUUCAUUUUCUCUAUAAAACCAUCUCUGUAUAUUGUGCAACAAGGUUGUAGGUCUCCUCAUAUAAGCCUACAUGUUUUUGUUCUAACAAAGAAAUGAGAGGAACUAAGCACCACGCCCACUCUGGUACUAGUGUAAGAAGUGGUAGAAAAACAUAGGCAGGUCUUCUACUCGAUUACUGGGGUCGAACGAUGGCCGACAACAGUGGGAAUAUACUGGAUAACCAAACAGAUGAAAAUAUUGUCUGUGCAACGGAAAAUGACAACAAUCAGACGAAAACUCCAGGCAUCCCUUUGUCCAGGAAACUGUGCUAUGCCAUUGGAGGAAUGCCUUAUCAAAUGACCUCAAAUGCCAAGGGAUUCUUCAUGCAGAUCUUUUUACUGGAUGUUGUGAAAAUGGGGGCCUUUUCUGCAUCCAUCAUUCUCUUCCUUGGUCGAGCUUGGGAUGCCAUUACUGAUCCGCUUAUUGGAUAUACCGUGAGCAAGAGUGGCCGGACUAGAAUGGGCAAACUCAUUCCCUGGAUUGUGUUCUCAAUGCCAUUUGGGGUCCUAUCCUACAUCAUGCUCUGGUAUACUCCACAAGACACCAUGUCCCCUGCCUUCAGUUUCUGCUGGUUCUUCACAUGGUGCUGUCUGUUUGACACCUUCAUGAGUUGCUACCAUGUGCCGUAUUCUUCCCUAAACAUGUUUCUUGGGGGGAGUGAAAGGGAUCGAGACUCAGCCACUGGCUACAGAAUGGGAAUGGAAAUGUUUGCUACACUGGCGGGAGCCACCAUUCAGGGUCAGAUAGUGGGGGUGUACCACGCCAGAAGAUCUCAGGCCUGCAGCUUGCAAAAUGAGACAGAAGUGCCCGCUGGGAACCUCACGGUCUCACUUGACGACAUUUCUGAAACCCUACAGAACACAAGAAGAGCCUAUUUGACUGCUGCACUAGUAUUAGGAAUGCUGUACUUACUGUGCUGUCUUGUGCUUUUUAUUGGAGUGAAGGAACAAUUGGCUCCUCUGAGUAAAUUGGACCGAAUAAAUAUGUCAUAUUUAACUGGAAUGAAGAUGGUGGUGUGUCACAUUCCAUAUGUGCGGCUUGUAUUUGGCUUCCUCUUUGCUUCACUUGCCUUCCAGAUGGCUCAGGGAAAUUUUGCCUUGUUCUGUACUCAUGCAGCAGAUAUGGGAGCAUAUUUCCAGCACCUUGUUCUCAUAUUACUGACAGCAGCCACAUUGUCCAUUCCAUUAUGGCAGACACUCUUGGUCAAAUUAGGCAAGAAGACCACCAUAUUCAUUGGCCUAUCAUCUUACAUCCCAGCUUUAAUUGUAAUAUCCAUAGUGAGGAGUAAUUUACCCGUCUUCAUCAUUAUGUCUGUGUUAGCUGGCACCAGUCUGUCAGCCCUCUAUCUGCUCCCUUGGUCCAUGUUGCCAGAUGUGGUGGAUGACUUCAAGGUCAAGAAUCCUUCUUGUCAGGAUCUAGAACCAUUGUUCUACUCCUGUUAUGUUUUCUUCAACAAAUUUGGAGGAGGAAUGUCUGUUGGAGUCUCUACCUUGGUACUACAUUUUGUAGGAUACAAACCCGGUGCCUGUAGGCACAAUCCUGAGGUUAUAUACUCACUGCGGAUGCUCUUCGCUCCUGUGCCCAUAUGCCUGCUGCUGGUGGGCAUAGUGAUCUUUUACUUCUAUCCUAUAAAUGAAGAGCGACGACUGCAAAUCCAGAAAGCAUUAAGGAAAGCAGGGACAGAAAAUGGAAUAAAAGAAGAAGAACUGAGCCUUUGAAGUAAUCUGUAUUUCACAUACGGGUUGCACUACUUUUGUAACAUUUACAGAUUCUGCAACUGAAUCAUGAAUCAUGUUUUUUGUUUUUCAUCUCCAUGUAAAGUUUUGUCUUGUACAGUGUUUUUCAAUCCUUCUCUUUGGAGUUCCUCAACACUGCACAUUUACGAGUUUUACUAAUCUCAUUUCAGCCCAUGGGGCACUCUACAAAUAAGAUGAUAAAUUGAACGAGGGAGGCUUCCAGUGCAGGAUUGACAAACACUAGUAGUUACUUUAAAGGGACAUAUCAUGAUAAAUCAAAUUUUCCUUUAUAUUUUGAUAUAAAAAUUUGAUGUACUAUGGAAACAUACUGUAAUUUUAAAUUGGAGGACUUCCUCCCCAGUCAAAAAAAAGUCCAUCUACUGAGGCUUAACUGCAAAAAUGGCACAUGUAGAAAUCGUUGGGGUUCUGAUGUCAGAAUCCUGAGUACAUUAACAAAUACAAUGACCGGCCACAUUUACACAUCAACUACGUCUGUUUAAUGGUCAGAAAUUUGGCCACUUGGUCAUGGUGAGGUUAUAAGAAGUACGAUAGAUACUAUUAUUUCUAAACACCAGAAAAACUGUUCCUGGCUCUGUGUUGCACCUGCCGAUUUGCCUAUCCUUCUGACGAAUACCAACAUUAGAAGCGAGCUGAUUCUGUUUUCAAAGCAGAAUAGUUUUGUUAAUCUGUAAUAACGUAGGCUAAUGCAGCCUUUACAAAGAGGCUGUUAUUGAAGAAUAAUUUCACAUGCCAAGAGGGCAUUUAGAAAUAGAGGGUGACAAAUGUAAGAAAUUGUCACAAAAACUUGACUAAGUUUAUUAGAGGACAAAAGAAUAAAAUUACAUAAUAAAAUGUAUCAUAUGACUCCUUUAUGCUCUAUUCAUUUGUAACAGCACUUAUACAACAGUUGUGAUAAUGAUGUACAAGUGUAUAAAUAAAAACCGCAAUGUGUAACUAUAUGCAUCUGCAUUGUCUUUGGGACAGUGGGUCAUUGGGACCCUCACUAUUAGCACUGGUGCUCCUCAGGGAUGCAUUCUCUCUCCACUGCUCUUCUGCCUGUACACGAAUGACUGCACUGCAAAGGACCCCUCUGUCAAGCUCCUGAAGUUUGCAGACGACACCAUGGUCAUCGGCCUAAUCCGCGACCGUGACAAGUCUGCAUACAGCUGUCUGGUGCGGUCACAACAACACUGAGCUGAACACGCUCAAAACAGCACUGUGGAAGCACAGUAUCUUUCAGGACCUGAAGUGGGACACCCACAUAGACUCCAUUGUGAAGAAGGCUCAGCAGAGGUUGUACUUCCUUUGCCAGGAUUUAGAAGGGGUAUUAAGACCUUUUUUUAUAUAAUUUACAAAUUUAUUUACCUAAAAGACUGAGCUUAAAAAUUUACUUUUUAAUUUUCUUAUGAAUAUUUUCCCAAGAAUCAAACUAUGCUGUCCAUUUAAAAAAACAAAAAACAAACAAACAAAAAAACAAACAAACAAAAAAAAAAAAAUUAAAAAAAAAAUAAACAGAUGAAAUUACAAGUAUAAACAGUAGAUGGCUGCAGAGAGCUACUUAUUCAACCCUGGUUGAAGAGAAGAUGAUUUCUACAUUUUGUCACAAGUUCUGCAUUUAGAUAUACAGGUGCAUCUCAAUAAAUUAGAA